CGGCCUCCGCGCUUCCGGUAUCUUGAGCUUCCGGAGCUGAGUGCCGCUGCUCGGCGCUGGAGUCGCCGUGCCGCCGCCGGGAUCAUGGUGUUCUACUUCACCAGUAGCAGCGUUAACUCAUCUGCUUACACUAUUUACAUGGGAAAGGAUAAAUAUGAAAAUGAAGAUCUGAUAAAGUAUGGCUGGCCUGAAGAUAUUUGGUUUCAUGUGGACAAACUCUCUUCGGCUCAUGUAUACCUUCGAUUACAUAAGGGGGAGAAAAUAGAAGACAUUCCAAAGGAAGUACUAAUGGACUGUGCCCAUCUUGUGAAGGCCAAUAGCAUUCAAGGCUGCAAGAUGAACAACGUCAACGUGGUCUAUACCCCGUGGUCUAACCUGAAGAAAACGGCCGACAUGGAUGUGGGACAGAUAGGCUUUCACAGGCAGAAGGACGUGAAAAUUGUGACAGUAGAGAAGAAAGUGAAUGAGAUCCUGAACCGAUUGGAAAAGACCAAAAUGGAGCGGUUCCCAGACCUAGAGGCAGAGAAAGAAUGCAGAGACCGCGAAGAGAGGAAUGAGAAGAAAGCCCAGAUUCAGGAAAUGAAAAGGAAAGAAAAAGAAGAGAUGAAAAAGAAGAGGGAGAUGGACGAACUUAGGAGCUACUCGUCACUAAUGAAAGUUGAGAAUAUGUCUUCAAAUCAGGACGGCAAUGAUUCAGAUGAAUUCAUGUGAAUGGAGAAAAAGACCUUUUAAAGAUGUGAAUUUAGGGACAGUUGCAGAAGUUUUGAUUUCAUCUGUGUUCUGAGUCAUAAACAACAACCAACCAAAAUAAUAUUCUACAAAUAUUACCAACUUUGGAGUUAAAAAAAAUUGUUCCCUUUUCUGCUCUCAGAAAAGGAGCAGAUAAAUACACACCACACACACACACACACACACACACACACACACACACACACACAAUAUAGUUGGACUUGAAGACAGCAUAUAACUUUAGGAAAGUGAAAAUGUUUUUGCCAGAGCAUGUCCUGGUACCUCAUGAAGGUUGGCUGCCCUUGUUCUUGGAAUGUUCCCCUCACCCUUGAUUUCCUGAUUAGGAAAAAAAAAAAGCAUGGGUUUUGAAGGUGAUAGUGAUAUUUUCAGAAGGUUGCUGGCUUCAAUGGUCAUGUCCCAUUGUGCCAUCUGAGUCUGUUAGCAGAGCUGCCCUCAGCUCUCAGCUUGUCCAAGCUUCCAUGUGCUACAUCCUUCCUUUUCCCAUUGAGAGCCUCCAUCCAGGUACCAUCAGACUUAAAUAAAUAGUCGGUGUUAAUCAAGGUUGGGCCUUAUGGCAGUUUUUACCUGAGCACCAAGUAACCCCAGCUGCGUAUAUUAAACUCCAGGCUCCAGAGUCAUUUCUCAGCACUGAGGGGAGAAAUAGGAAGGGAUGCUCUGUGAAUUAUUUUGAAGAUGUAGGUUACCUGAUUUUUGUCUUGGGAUGUAGCAUAAAGCACAAGUCUACUUGGCAGUUAUGGUUUUAGAAAGAAUUAAGCAUUUCACUAACCAGCCAAGUAGUUUAUUUACCUUGAAAUAAUAUUUAUUUUGAGUUAGAACCCCAGAGUUGAGAUUUCUCAAUUGUAGACUCAGUAACUUAAUAUGUAGCAGUCCUACCCAUCUGCACCACCUACCCUCCAGGAUAAUUCUGAAUAGAAGAUAUAUUGUUAUUACAGCCUGCAAGGCAACCCGUGUGGCAAGAGACAAGACAAGACAAUGAAAGGGGAAGGCACAAAGCCUGCAGAUCAGAAGGCAUGCAGAUGCACAUUUUAACCACACGCAGAGUCUGCAGCUGUAUUCUAACCCAGCAAAAAUAUGUCCUCCAACAGAUAUUCCACCUGUAACAGCACUUUGGAGUGGCGGGUAAAACCACAAGACUUCAAGGUUUCUGUUUAUCCCAAGUUGGUGUAUGGGGUUGAACUGGAAGAUUUCCUGAGACAUAACUCGGCCAAAUUGUGAGAAGGGGUGUGGGAGAUGACUCCAGAAAUUUGUGAUUGUGUGUGUAUAUAUGUCCAGUCAUUUUCAGCCUGGAGUUGUGAGUUGGAAAUGUAAUAAUAAAGACUCAUUUUUUUAUUUGGGAGGACACUGAUAUAUAAAUUCUUAGAAUUAGCUUGUUAUUUCCUUCCCCAAACUAGUUUUGAGGGUGAUCGGGCUGUGAAAACCUCAUCUAUUAUAUAGGCUUAAACUGGCAGGUUCUAUGGGGUAAUCUUCCCGCCUCACUGAUAAAUGUGUCUCUCCCCCAGAUGCCCACUGGGUCAGAGUGGAUGACCUUUCUCAGACACACUCUGGAUUGAGUGUAAAUUAGUAACCGUGCUUCUUCAAUCAGGUGGCCCUCCUGCCUGGUUACUGUAGGCAAACUGCUGCGAAUGUCUAAAAUGGGGAGACUUUGCUUCUAACAUCGCCUUUGUCACCUCAGCUCUCUGCUGCUUAAGAAGGACUCCUCUCUACUGCACAUUAUAACAUAUACAAUACAGGGAGAGCUUUUGAAGAAUACAUCUAUUUUUACUUUAGUGUGGGAGAUCCUGGGGUCCACAUCGUACACACGUCCUCUCAGCUGACACUGGUUUCAAAUGUCAGGGCCUCUCUUCUGAAUCCCCGGCGCUCAAACCUUUCUAGCCGCUCUGUGGUGGUCUCCUCCUACCUCUGCCUGUGCGAUGGGUAGGUUUUUUUCCCCAGCUCCCGCGGUCCCAGAGGAAGCAUCGUCCUUUUCUUUUGAGGACAUUGGUUCAGUGCCAACAGGUCAAACUGUCGGCACUGAAGUCAUCUCAUUUCUUGCUAUUGGCAUGUUUCCUCAGCUUUCUGUAGGAAAAUUCCAAAUUGUUGGCAGUUUUAUGAGCUGUGUCCUUGAUCAAAUCAUGCAUAAAGAGGAUUUCUCUUUCCAGCUCUGCCUUCGGUUUCCCCACUCUGAUCUGCAUGCAGGUGAGGUUCACAUUAUCAUUUAAUUUACUUCACAAACUCUGUUGUAUUCCUGUAGCUUGAGAAUUUAUUUCUUAUCCACCUUUGUUGACGUAGGGUCAUGAUCUUUGGGCAAGGGAAGUUUGUCACAGUGCUUGUGGUGGAACAGACUAGGAUGUUUACCAAAAUACGGAUGGUUUUGACCUUAGCAAAGUAGGCACUAAGCUGUAGUUGAACCCCUUCAGUAUCUCUUUGUUGUGCUGUUUUUAACAUUUUCUGAAGCCCAGAUUUUGGUGAACCUUUUAACUCUUCAGUGCCAGUGGUUUCCCCCACUUGGGAAGGAAGGUAUGAGCCACACAUACAGCAAGAUUAGAGAAGGAGAGUUCAGCUCUAGCCUCUUGUUUAAGAGCGAAGCUCCUCUUCCCACAUUUGCAUCCCUCAGAGACGGGAAGCUCUCGUCUUCCAAGCUGGAACAGGUUAUGGGAAAAACUGAGCAGGAUGGAGAAAUGGAACACUUUCCAGUUUUUCCCGAGCUGUGGUAUUGAAGCCGCUUUUCUCUGAUUUGAAGUACAGCAUUGUGAAUAAUGAAUCCCACACUCAGAAUGAUCAUAGUAGAGUGGGCAACCUUUGGAUUUUAAAGUAGACUGUGAAAAUAUCCAGCUGUACUCAAAAGUGUAAAAUUAGAAACUUAAAUUCCAAGCUAAAUGUCCGUCUUGACCCAUCUGACUCCAGCAAGUAUGUGACAGCUGGGAAAUGAGGACAGCACGGCUGAUGCUUCAGCAGGCUCACGUUCAAGUUGGACUUCGUGAGAGCUCUUCUCUGCCAGGUGCACGUGGGCCCAGCACAGGGCAAGAGACUCGGGUGCGUUAUAUCAUUUCACAAACGAAAUGGAUGAUGCCAGUCACGUAUUCAUCAUGUUCUGGAUGAAUGAUAUGUAAAAUAGAAUAAAAGCUGAUAGUUUGAGAAGAA